GACGCUUCAGUGUUCAGCUCGGUGGAAACCCCGAGCACUUCCGGUCAGAUAAAACAAUAACCUGUGUAAGAUCUGUGAGAUUCUUUUUUUUUUUUUUUAACGCUGUUCGCUCUGUCUCCGACCUGAUCCGAUCUGCGCGCGCGCGUGUGUGUGUGUGUUUGUGUGUGAGUGUGAGUGAGCAUGUCCGGGACCGGAGAACCGUACGGAGAGGAGCGCGAGCUGCCCGGGCCGUGUUUCGGGCGGAUGCGCGAGGAGAAGGAGGAGGAAGAGAAGAUGAAGGCGCUUAAACCGACCUGUCCGGGUGAUGAUGCGCGCCGAGGAACCGGCGUUGCCAUGGAAACUGCAUCCUCAGACUCUGUGUCUAAUCUGUUCCUGAACUCUUCCUCCGAGCGGAGUGACCUCUACACCUCCCUCCUCUCCUCCAACUCCUCCUCCUCAAACCUGUUCAGUGCCGGCGUUCCUCUCUUCUCCUCCAAGGAUGAUCGUUCUCCUCCCGCUCCUCUGGGGAGCGACUCUGGAAUUGGGAUGACCCCCGGUGACCCCUGCGACCUCCACACCCAGAAAAGCGAGCCCUACAACUACAUGGAUAUGAGCGACAAUCUUUGUGACCUUGGUAACCGUAGUAACACUGGCUCAGAAAAGCAGCCAAUAAGGAGCCACAUGGAUCGUGAUGAUGAUGAUGAUGACGAAGAUGAUGAAGAUGAUAAAGAUGAUAAAGAUGGGUCCAUGGAUUUUAAGUUGAAGAUGGAGAAGGAGCCGUUCAAUUUGGGAAGCUACCUGGAGAAGAAUCCUGAAAACCUGGCAGUGAAGGGAGAACUGGGAAACACCUUCCCGUACGUGGAGGACCAAUCGGACGACGAGUUACUGGAGAACAGACCCCGCCCUGUCAGUCCAGUGAAGAUCACCGUGACGACAGAUUCCUGUAUCCUAGUAACAGAGCAAGCACGAGGUGGAGUGUCUGAGAGGGAAAGCGUACUGAGUUUGGGAAAAGAAGGAGUUCCUACGGUAACGCUGUCCGAACCAGAGGAUGACAGCGCUGCUUCAUCUGUCAAUCAUUCCCCUAGCCACUCCCCUACAGGAAGAGAGUCGCCCUCGGACAUCUUGUUCCAGCCCGUAAGGAUGAACAACAGCUCCCUCUAUCAGGACACCAAGGUCCCUAUGAAGCCCUCGUCACUGUUUGGGAUGCGGGACAGCGGAGAAUCCGGAGAAUCCGAAAUCGAGCCUGAUUCCCCAAGACGUGAAAAGCAGUUCAGCGCCAAAGACAGACCUGGCAACCCGUUUGAGCCGUCAGUCGCGGGUGUGGAGAUGAACCGAGGCAACAAGGGAAGAUCUAACAAUAAUUUCGAGGUCUCCGUGAACACGAAGGGGGAAUUUGUGCAACAUGGCAACCCCCCGCUUUACAGCCUGCUGCGUGAGGAGAGGGAGGCGGAGCUAGACAGUGACCUGCUCAUCGAGUCAGCUUCUGAGGAGAGCCCUAAGAGGGAGCAGGUAGUGAAGUGCACCCUAAAACCGAGCUCCCCUCUGAGCUCACCUCCACCUGUGAGCAGCGCCGUCUCACCGCCUCGGAAAGAGAAAGAACAGGAAGUAAAGGAAGAAAAGAAGGAAAAGCCCAGUGCAGCACUGAGAGAGGAAUCCAACACUCAGACGCAACAACAGGAAGAUAAAAUGUACACCAAAGCCAAACCUGGAGUGACGGCGUCUUGUGAACGGCGCCCUCUAGAGGACGGAGGGAAUAAAACUGCGGUGAUUAGUACCGAAGAAAAAAGAGACGCUAAAGAGGCGGAGCUGCUGCCCUUCCUGCACCACUUCAACAAACAGAAAGUGGUGGAGUUGCUGCGCUGGCGGGACGUGAAACAGACGGCCGUGUUGUUCAGCAGCGUGUUGUUGCUGCUCUUCUCUCUGACUCAGUUCAGCGUGGUGAGCGUGAUCGCCUACCUCGCCCUCGCCGCGCUCUCCACCACCAUCAGCUUCAGAGUGUACAAGUCCGUGCUGCAGGCCGUGCAGAAGACCGACGAUGGACACCCCUUCAAGGCCUAUCUGGAGAAGGAGAUCGCUCUCUCCCCGGAGCAGAUCAGUAAAUACGUGGAGAAAGUGCAGCUCUAUGUGAAUUACACACUGAAGGAGCUGCGUAGGCUUUUCCUCGUCCAGGACCUCGUCGACACGUUAAAGUUUGCAGUGUUGAUGUGGUUACUGACGUACGUCGGCGCUCUGUUUAACGGCCUCACUCUACUCCUUUUGGCUGUGGUGUGUGUGUUCACCGUGCCGCUGGUGUAUGAGAAAUACCAGAAACAGAUAGAUCAGUAUCUGGGACUUGUGAGAACGCAGGUGAACUCUGUAAUGACGAAGUUGCGGGAGAAGGUUCCAGGAGCGAAGAGGAAGGGUGAAUAAAAUCCCUCCAUCUAAAAGCCACUUAACACUGCAAAGCCAGUAACGAUUACAGCAAGGCUGCGUCCCAAUCCUGUUUAACACGCCCUCCUCGACUUCUACUUCCCCUUCACUCGCUCGUAACCUACAGUCAUCAAGCUGACAUCGCUGCGGCCUUCAGGAGCACAAAUUUGGGUUUGGGUUUUUGACCUGACGGGAGCACGUAGUGUGUAACCCUCGGAGGAAAUCAUCUGCGCUACACAGUUCCCGCUGCGUGCACAGUCCUCCGUGUGAUACACACUCCCCGCACACACGGUAAAGCGAAGUCGACGAGGGUGUUUUAAAGAGGAGCCCGCGUCUGUAGGUGUGUGCGAUCACAAAGCAUCAGGAUUAUGAUGACGCUGUAUCGGGAAUUUAUGAUAAUAUCUCCAUGUUGUAUAUCUUAAUCAAACAUGAUCACAUGAUUAGCUCUAGCUGCUCUGAUUGGACCGCAUGUUAGCCAACCAACAGCCUCAAAUCGGUAAUCGUCAUGAUAUGAUUCGGGGUGAUGAUCGACACGCCUAUAAAAAUACAUUUCAAAAGAAUUGAAAAAGCACACAGUAAUGAAUAUUAAUCAAAUUAAACCCUGCCAAAACAAGUUUCUCAUACGAUACGAAGUCAUUCAUCACGACGCCACUACCGUAUGCGCUGCACGGAUUUACAGAUUUGAUCAUUUACAAAAAAAGGCCACGCCCACCCGAACGUGUUCUCCUGGCCAUCUAGUGGACAGGAGUAACAACUGCAGUCCAACAUAAGAAAAUAAUAUGAAUCUCUUCAGUGCUGUUACUCUACAGUAAAAUCAGCAAACAAACAAACAAACAAACAUCUGACACCUGGGACACACACUGAAUCAUUAAUAACGUCACCAUUAAAAUCUCUCAGGCUGCCAGUGGAGGUGAAGGACACGCGCUUUUUCUCUCAUUUAACUUCGGAUUAAAACGCAUGCAUGUCAGUCUUUAGUAAAUAUUAUUAAAAUAUCACUUUCUUUCUGUGCUUUCAUUCUGCACUGCUUCAAUCUAACUGUAAGAACAUCUCUCACACACACACACACACACACACACACACACACACUCCUGCUCAGUCGCCGUUACAUCACUGCUUACACACACACGUAUUAAUAUGAAUAUAUUGUGAAUGAUUUUCUCCUGUGUGUGUGUGUGUGUGUGUGUGUGUGUGUGUGUGUGUGUGUGUGUGUGUUGAACACAGGAAUAUGAAAGUGUGUUAAGUGUAAUUCUGCUUUUGUAAAGUCAUGAGCGUGUUCAGUUCAGUGUCGGUGGUUUGAGCUCAGCGUGGACUCUGUAACUGUUUGCUCUCACGUAUUUAAUUGAUGAACAAAAUAAAUAAAUGUGCUGUAAUGUAAAACGUG